AUGACUCGCCCGGACCUGAGGCAAAGACGGGGAGGGGGGAAGGGGGUGCUUAUUGGGUCGAUGAUUUACUAUUCCAUGAAUGUUCUGUGGCCGAGACAGGUGGGCCAGCUGUACGAGACCAACCUCAUGUCGAUUGGUUGGACCUCCAUGACCAUAGGAGGCGGAACCUUGCUCGAACAGAUAGUUGGCGGCAUCAUGUGCAAGCCCCUAGGAAAGCAAAAAUGGCAGCUAAUCAUCGGCUGUGCAGCCAUGACCGCAUUUAUUGGCGCCCUGGCUGCGGGGAACGAGUCUACACGAGCGCUUGGAGUCUCCCUCACUCUUCUUGGUUCGUUCGCCGUCGGAUACAUCGAGCUGGUCGUUCUCACGACGGCGCCCAUGUGUCUCGCUCCCGAAGACAUUGGUCUCGCCACAGGCGUUGGAGGAACAUGCCGAGCCGGUUCUGGUGCCAUCGCGACCGCCAUCUAUGUGACGAUCCUCAACAACAAGCUCGCGGUCAAUAUUCCCAAGAUUGUGGAGCCUGCCGUAGUGAACGCCGGCCUGCCCGAGUCGUCGGUGCCAGCCCUGAUCUCCGGACUUGCCGCGGGCAAUGUCACCGGCGUCGCCGGCAUGACGUCUGUCAUCGAGGAGGCUGCCCGCUCUGCAUACCGGUCAGCCUAUGCUGAAAGUUUCAAGAUCGUCUAUCUCGCAUCCAUCGCCUUCGGACUUCUCUCGCUCGCCGCCUCCGUCCUGACCCCGAACUUGGAAAGCAAGUUCGACGACGGAGUGGCCAGGAGGUUGCACGGCAAAGACAUUGAAUUGGUAGAGGAAAAGCGCGCCAGAAACGUGCCCGAUCUCAAGCCCGUCGAAGGCAGUGCGGCUUUGGAGGAGGUUGAGCAUGUCUAG